AAUAACUACCGCGUGCGUGUGAAGAACGAAACAAACAAGCUGCUAGCAAUUUCCAGAUUUUUUUUUCUUUCUAAUUUUCACUAUUCGCGAGUCCAUUUCAACAUAGCUUUGUUACGAUUUUUAAAACAGUGACCUCAGAGCAUUGGUUUAAAUAUACCUUUACUGUGGUUUAGCAGCCCCAAAUUAUCCAUUGGGGGGGUUAAAAUCUUGUCAUCCAAGGUGUGUGCAUCACGUUACUCGUCUAAAAAUCGCUGUUUAUGAAGAGUGUGCAUUCCCCAGUGUUGUGCUAACUAAAAAAGAAGUCAAUUUUGUGAAUUACAUAGGUAUCAUCACAAGCUGUUACUUGUUACUCGUGAAGACCUCACCGGAACACAUUUUCCAUUACAUAACAUGGUACACUAUACUCUGAAACCGAUCUUUGUGAAGAUCGUUCUUGCAGGGAGAAAUGCCCCAGAGUUUAGAAGACGACCAGUUUCACAUCGUGAAGAUGAUGAAGAAAUCUGCGUGAAAACAAAGUCUUCAAGAAACGAAGUGACCAAAACUCCCAUCCAGCCAGGACAUUUUUAGCCAAAUCAGAAAAAAAAAUCCAUACAUUUUUUUGUAAUUUAUAUAGCAGUAAAUUGGUGCCAGAUUACCUCCAUAUAUAUAUUUCUAUAUAAAGAGAAUGCUUGGUGUAUGUAUAUAAAUAUUUAUCGUCGCUAUUAGGUGAGUUCAGUUCUUGCAUGGAAGAACGUUGUUAUUUCUGUCAACGACGCUGCCAAUUCCAGGAAAAACGUGCAUUUUCUUUAUGAAAGCUUCUUUGUAAAAAACAGAAAAUAAUUAAUUAAAAAUAAUGAGAUUUCCAGAAGGUGAAACGUGUUUAUGUUGUAUUGUUGUAACAGUGUUGUUCUGUAUCUCCAUGGCAACUUCCUUAGACAACGUGGUGGUGAAAAAACGAAAAAUAUGCAUAGGAACUGAAGCUCUUAUGUCUGUGCCAUCAAACCGGGAACACCACUACCAGAAUCUACGUGACAGAUAUACGAACUGUACUUACGUGGAUGGUAAUUUAGAAUUGACCUGGUUGGAGGAUGAGAAUAUUGAUCUGAGUUUUCUUCGAGAUAUUAGAGAAGUUACAGGGUACGUGUUGAUCUCACACGUCAAAGUCAAACGGGUUGUUCUUCCAAGUCUGAUGAUUAUCCGGGGUCGAAACCUGUUCAAUCUGCAAGUUAAUAAAACAGAAAAGAAGCUGGCUUUAAUGGUCACCUUGAACAAAAUGGAAACCUUGGAAAUGCCAUCGUUGCGAGAUAUCCUGAACGGCAGUGUUGGCUUUUACAAGAACUAUAAUCUCUGUCACAUACGCUCCAUUAGGUGGGAUGAAAUUCUGACUGGUCUAAAUGCCGUUUCUUAUUAUGUGUACGAUUUCCCACAGCCUGAACGAGAGUGUCCACCUUGUGAUAAAUCAUGUGAGGAUGGCUGCUGGGCUGAAGGGCCACAAAACUGUCAAAAGUUUUCAAAAAUCAACUGUUCACCCCAGUGCCACCAGGGCCGCUGUUUUGGCCCCAACCCUCGAGAAUGUUGUCACUUGUUCUGUGCUGGUGGUUGUGUAGGACCGAAACAGAGUGACUGUCUGGCUUGUCGAAACUUUAACGACAAUGGAGUGUGUAAACAAGAAUGUCCACCGAUGAUGCUCUAUAACCCAAUCACAUAUUCAUGGGAAGUCAACCCCAGUGGAAAAUAUGCAUAUGGGGCUACAUGUGUAAAGAAUUGUCCAGAACACCUCUUACGAGAUAGUGGAGCGUGUGUAAGGUCUUGCCCUGCAACUAAGAAAGCUGUGGAUGGGGAAUGUGUCCCAUGUGAUGGGCCUUGUCCAAAAAAUUGUAAAGGUGAUGCAAAUCUAGUCCAUUCUGGGAACAUUGAUUCGUUCCGUGGAUGUACAGUUAUUGAGGGUUCUAUCACCAUUCUGGAAAAUACUUUUACGGGGUUUCAAGAUAUGUAUCCAAACAACACCUUUGGACGUCUAUAUCCAGAAAUGCAUCCAAGAAAACUGGAAGUUUUCAGUACAGUAAAGGAAGUGACGGGUUACAUCAGUAUUCAGGCUUCUCGGGCAGAUUUUAAAAACCUUUCCUUUUUUCGCAACCUGGAAAUCAUCGGUGGAAGACAGGUUACUGAGUACUUUGCUGCUUUGUACAUUGUAAAAACUUCCCUCGAGUCCCUGAACCUGCAGUCUUUGAAGAAGGUUCGGUCAGGACGGAUCACUAUCCUGGAAAACAAAGACCUGUGUUUCGCUCAACAAAUCAAAUGGAACAAAUUAACGGGACCUCACAUACCAGACAGACUUAGUAGUCUUCUACAAAGCAAUGCAGAUGAACAAACUUGUCGUGAGAAAGGACUGGUUUGUGAUUCUCAGUGUUCGGAUGAUGGUUGUUGGGGUGUAGGAACUAAUCAAUGCCUUUCAUGUAAGGCCUACAAGUUAGGUGACGAAUGUGUAGAGAACUGUACUAUAAUGAAGGGGAUUUAUGAUGCUGGGAUGAAAACGUGCAAAUAUUGUCACAAACAAUGUGACGGAGAAUGUUUCGGUCCAAGUGCAGCUAAUUGUUCCAAGUGUCGAAAUGUACGAGACGGGCCAUUCUGUUCUGAAAUGUGCCCAGACUCCAAGUAUAAUGAUCACAAAGGAAAUUGUAAAGACUGUCACGAGAACUGCGUUGAUGGAUGUACUGGACCGAGGAAUACCAUCGGACCAGAUGGUUGUAUUUCAUGUGAAAAAGCAAUAGUCAGUGCAUAUGAUCCAAAUGUUGUGGAGCAGUGCUUGAAAGCAGAUGAAAUGUGCCCAGUAGGAUUCUAUGUUGAAUAUAUAGGGCCUCAGGAAGAAGGGCCUCUCAAAAGUUUGACUGGAAAAUCAGUGUGUCGAAAGUGCCAUCAACAGUGUAAGAACUGUACUGGUUAUGGAGUCCACGUGUCAGUGUGUGAAUGUAUCCACUACAGCUCCGGAGAGCAGUGCGAAUCGCAAUGUCCUCGAGACCAUUAUCCAGAUGACAUCAACCAUCGUUGUGGCAAGUGUGCUGAUGAAUGUCGAGGGUGCUAUGGGCCUACUGUUAGUCACUGCCAUGCUUGUCGCAACUAUAGAGUCUACCUGGCUGAAAACCAAACUAUGGUAAGCCACUUCUUCUAUGAGGAUUCACUUUACAUCGAUUCAUUUUUGCAGUAUACACUAAAUGUCCCCAUAUUUAUAUCUUUUUAUCUCAUUCUUCUUCUCAAGCGGAUGAGUGGAUUUGAAGACAAUGAACCCCUCAAGCCUUCUAACAUUAAACCUAACCUUGCUAAGCUGAGAAUUGUAAAAGAAGCAGAGAUUAGAAAGGGAGGAAUUCUGGGGUAUGGAGCUUUUGGCACUGUGUACAAGGGUGUUUGGGUUCCGGAAGGAGAGAAUGUCAAGAUACCAGUGGCUAUCAAAGUCCUCAGAGAAGGCACAGGGCCAUCCACAAACAAGGAGUUUCUUGAGGAGGCUUAUAUAAUGGCUAGUGUUGACCACCCUAACCUCCUGAAGCUACUGGCUGUCUGCAUGACAUCACAGUUGAUGCUCGUAACACAGCUAAUGCCACUGGGUUGUCUUCUAGAUUACGUCAGGAACAACAAGGAUAAGAUUGGCUCUAAGCCUCUGUUAAACUGGUGUACGCAGAUUGCUCGAGCUAUGGCAUACCUUGAGGAGAAAAGAAUGGUGCACCGUGACCUAGCACUUAGGAAUGUCUUGUUGCAAACACCGGGUUGUGUUAAGAUAACCGACUUUGGGCUGGCAAAACUGCUGGAUAUCAAUGAAGAGGAAUAUAAAGCUGCCGGAGGAAAAAUGCCAAUAAAGUGGCUUGCUUUAGAAUGCAUUCAACAUCGAAUAUUUACUCACAAAAGUGAUGUUUGGGCAUUUGGUGUAACUCUGUGGGAACUACUGACGUACGGCGGCCGACCCUACGAGAACAUUCCUGCUAGAGAGGUUCCUGACCUACUUGAGAAGGGAGAGCGUUUGCCACAACCGACCAUCUGUACCAUUGAUGUGUACAUGAUAAUGAUAAAGUGCUGGAUGUUAGAUGCCGAAUCUCGUCCCUCCUUCAAAGAGUUAUCUGAUGAAUUUGCUAAAAUGGCCAGAGACCCAGGCCGGUACUUGUUCGUCUCGGGAGACAAACUGAUGCGACUUCCAAGCUAUACACCUCAAGAUGAAAAAGAACUGAUCCGUACAUUGAGCAUGCCCAUAGAGGGUCCAGAAGUUAUCAUGGAUGCUGAGGAGUAUCUACAACCCAAACUACAACAGAACAACUCCGAUACUCCUCCCCCACUCACUCCUGUCAAGAAAUUUAUGGAAGAUAGAGGCUACGACAGUGACCCAGUGCCCAACCCAAACAAUCAGUCAUCACAGACAAGAAACAACAGACCAGACUGCAAGUACGCUCACCUCGAAGCAGCUAUUACGAAUUCCCCUAACAAUCGUGUGAGAGAAAACAGUGUUAACUCUGGUCGAUACUGUUCAGAUCCUCUUACAAUAUAUGGAAAAGAUGACGAAGGUGACGAUGAUGAUGCUUUCAUACACAAUAGUGCUACUUUGCCAAAAGGCAUCAAACAAGAUCUUCGACUAGAGCUUCCAGUGGAUGAAGAUGAUUAUCUGAUGCCUUCUCCUCGGCCAUAUGGCCAUACAGGAGCAUACAUGGACUUGAUUGGAGACACCAAAAUAACAGAUGCAGGAGCUAUGAGGCCGCAAGAUUACUCUCGUUAUGUGCCAGACUUUGUGCCAGUGAAUGGGCAGCCAAAUGGGCUAGACAAUCUUGAAUAUCAUCUGAUGAAUCGUGACCACGAUUAUGUCAAUACACAGCCACGUAAAAAUACAAGCAGCGAGGAAGACAGUGAUGAUCACGAGUUCUUCAACGACUACGAUCGACUGAGACGAGAGCUUCAGCCACUGAACACCAGAAGAAGUGAAACGACAGUUUGAGUUUGCUCGUUAGGCAUUAAAACAAGCACAAUUUACUUUCAUCCAUCCAAGUUCAAGCCAAAGUUUCAGUGCUUAUAUGUUACAUGCCUGUUACUGGUUAGCCGUUUGAAAAUUCUUUCAGAAUAUGGAUCGAGUUACAUCAGUUACAGGAUUGGAAACUGAAAGGUGUAAAAUCGCUAGUGUAUUUCACGACAAGUGUCAAAAAAUGGAAUUCAAAAAGUAAAUAUAAAGAAUGGAUAUCUGUAUAUAGAUUUAAUUUUUUGCACCCAGGUGUGCAAAGAUAAAAAUUCAAACUUUACAUAAGGACUACCUGUUCUAAUACUUACAAUUUUGGUAGCCAUUCUGAUAUUUAUGCCUGAAAAUUCAUGUGCCUUGAUGUUCUUUCCCGUUUUUUUUAAUCUCAGUGUUCUAUUUAUGUUUAAGUUUAGAGCACACGUUUUGUUUUCUUUGCUUUAGAAUAAAUGUUUAUUGUAUAAUUUUUUUUUAAAGAAGACUACACUACAAGCAGUUGUAAAGGUGUUAAAAUGUGCAGAUCAGGUAUUUACUCAGUAUUAUCUGUAAAAAUAUAUGGUUAAACGAGUGAUUGGUUCUGUGCCAUAUAUGUACAGAAAUAGCACGCACGUAGAACAAUGUUUGUUUUUCUUUACGUUUAGUCAAGUGUAGAAAAACAAGAGACAACGCUAAACAUAACAAAAAUUUAGAAAUUCUACACAUUCCACAUCUGAAAGUAGAAAUAAAUUCAUACAGUAAAAAAGUUCCAUCAGCAAAGUUUUCCUUCUGGUGUAAUUAUUAUUAUUUUAUGUACAUAUUGCUUCUCUAGUGUCUUUCUGAUGCUGGGGGAGAAACCACUAAAUGCUUACCGUGUUCUAUUCUUGAGACAGAACUUGAUAAAGAAAGUUCUUAAAAACCACAUUCUGCAACUCGCAUAGGAAGGUUUGCAAAGGAUAUUUUAAUCGUGUAAUUGUUUUUAUUUUUAUUAAAUAACUAGAAAAAUGCUUGAUAUUGUUACUAAAAUAUUUUAGUGUUCCAACACUGCUAAACUUUGGCCAAAGUUAUCGUGUCAGUGACACCCAAGAACGUGCUGUUUAGUUUCCCGUUCGUAAUCUUCUUUAUAAUCGUGACUUCACUAAUAAUUUUUGUAAGUGAUGAAUUGUGAAAAACAAAACAUUCCAGUCAUGCAUAGGUAGUGAAAUAUCACGAGUUUUUGGACACAUAAUUAUUGAUCCCACCUAAGCUAAUAAUGCUUGUAAUCAUCAAAAGACAAAACUUGUUUUCUGCUUUUCACAAUUUGAUAAUGAAGUUUUAAUCAGAUACAAAAAUCCUUUUGUGAAAUUUGUGUUACUAGAGUGAAAUCAUGUAUAUUGUGUUUUUACUCCUAUUAUACGCAAGUCAACAUCAGUGUGCUCUUUUCCUUCAGGCAUCAUAGCAUUUCCGUAUUUCUGUUCGUGUUAGCUCAGUCAUAUAAAAUUGCCAUCUGGAAUUGAUUUCAUUUUUUUCAUUAUCCAAAUGUGCAACCAUAACUGCCCAUAAAUUGAAAGACAUUAUUAUAAAGUACAUU